GAAUUAACCAGACAAAUCACUCCACCAACUAAGAACGGCCAUGCACCACCACCCAUAGAAUCAAGAAAGAGCUCUCAAUCUGUCAAUCCUUGCUAUGUCUGGACCUGGUGAGUUUCCCCGUGUUGAGUCAAAUUAAGCCGCAGGCUCCACGCCUGGUGGUGCCCUUCCGUCAAUUCCUUUAAGUUUCAGCCUUGCGACCAUACUCCCCCCGGAACCCGUAAACUUUGAUUUCUCACAAGGUGCUGGCAGAGUCAUCCAAUAGACAUCCGCCAAUCCCUAGUCGGCAUCGUUUAUGGUUGAGACUAGAGCAGCAAGUUCUUGAUUGUUUGUAGUAUGAUGUCGGUAAAUUCUUGGUUUGAUUCUUGUGUAUGUUUGUCCGAGAGUGGUACUCCAUUAUUUUCAAGAGUGCUUAUGAGCUUUGGCGACGAUGAGGUUCAAUUCUCGGUUCUCGAUGGCCGCCCUCUUGCAGGCCUCUGUGAUGUUGGAGGCAAACUCUUUGAUCUUGUCGUCGAGUUCGAGGGGUCUGGUCUGCAACACGGCAACCAUGGUGGCCCAGUCGCUAAAAGAGAGGUGGCGGGCUGUACGAUUGUGGUGUACGAGAUGUCAGAGCAUCGUGAUUAUCGUCCGGAUCGUGAUUUUGGCUUUGUGGCGGCCGUCAAUCGUCAUGGUUAUCGCCAGUAUGAGGUGGAUGCGAAUGGGCAGUUGGUGUUGCGUAUAGAGCUGAGUCUGGGCUAUGUAGGUGAAGAUUUACGGGAUGGAACAGUUUUUGUGACAAAGUUACAUGACGAUGUGCCGAACAGUUAUCGUGGUAGGAGGGAAGACAUUAUCGAGCGAAUAGUUCGUUUACUUUUGCCAGUCAUAGCUUCAGAGCAUGAUGGUCGCAUGACGGGGAUUGCGGAAUGGAAAGCGAUACUGGAUGCGCCUUUGGUCGGACGUCCCUAUCUCCAUGGGGAAUUACGCGUGGACAUGUAGUUGGGCAGGAUUACCAGGGCAACUUUUAGUUGUGCGUGAAAUUAGCAAGCCCAUC